UGUAACUUCCAUAAGAAACAAUCAAAUUUCGGCCUCAAGUUGGUGGAAUGCAUUUUGCCCACCUUGCCCAUUAAGAGAAGUCGCUAAUAUUUUACUAACAUUUCCUAGUUCGACUUCUUCUUCUGAAAGAAAUUGGUCGGUUUAGGGCAAUAUUCACACGAAAAACAGAAAUAGAUUAAAGGCUUCUACAGCAGGAAAAUUAGUAAGAGUGUAUCAUAAUUUAAGAUUGAUUAAAAAUAUUAAAGAAAAUAAUGAUAUUGAAUAUGAAUCGGAACAAGACUCUGCCACGGAGGGUGAAACAUUGACUAUAGAAUGAAUUAAAAAAUAUUAUGAUAUUUAUUAUUAUACAUAGAUUUAUUAUAAUAUUAAAUGCAAAAUUAAGUUAAUAUUGGUGUAAAAAACAUUUAUUUGAAUUUGACCAUAUUUGACCGUAUUUGACCAUAUUUGACCGGUCAAAUAUCGGUCAAUUGACCAAAUUGUAUUUGACCGGUCAAAUGCACAACCCUGCUUUUUUUAUUUUAUGAAAAACCUAAAAAUUAAAAUCUGGAACCACUUCAAACAGCUGGUCAGGCGUCGGGUUUCUGGUAAACAAGAAAAUUCAUAAUCAUAUAAAUAAGUUUACACCUAUCUCAGAGAGAUGCGGGCUACUAUACAUCAACACAAACUAUAGGCAAACAAUACUGGUAAACAUCUACGCACCUCCAAAUAGGAGAGACAGGUUACUCUUCCUUGACGAUCUGGAAAACAUAAUCAAUACCUUACCCAGAAGAUAUAACAUAAUCUUGUUAGGUGAUCUAAAUACCAGGAUUGGUUUGGAGGAGAUCUAUAAAAGGAACAACACUAUUGGAAAUGCAGCCCUCGCACAACCCAAUGGGGAUGAGAGUCGGAUAUUGCUUAACUUAUGUAGCAGUAACAAUCUUAAAAUCGAAAAUACUUUCUUCUCUCAUAGGGAGAUAAAUACACUCACCUUUAAAAGGGGAAAUUACAUUUCGCAGAUAGACUUCUUUAUCUCAAAUGUCCAUGGCUGGUUCAAAGAUGUAAUAGCCAUGACGAGUGUAAACUUAUCCGAUCAUAAAAUGAUCAAAGCAAAGAUUUUGGUGAAGAAUUUAUGGGAUAUCUCAAUCAGAUCAAAUAACAUUCUCAACCAGCCUGCUACACUCCGAAGGCGAAAUAUUUAUUACUUACAAAUACCAGAGAUCAGAGAACUUUUUGACCGCAGACUAUGUGAGAAGGCUACAAUUUUUGAAAGCAUAUCCCAGGCUAAAACAGUGGAAGAAUGCUGGAUGAUCUUUAAAUGUGACAUUCAUGAGGCAAGCAAGGUAUUAGCAAGAAACAACUCUCUCGGAAGGAAUGAAUGGAUAUCCACCACUACUAUGAUAAAAAUUGAGGAGGUCCGUUUAAAAGGCCACUUUGAUAAAGAAUUGUGGAAAUCUAUACAGAGAUUGCUUAGAAGUGACAGAAGAAUUUUUACGGUCAGGAAAGCACACGAGAUUGAUGCAGAUAUGAGAGGAAACAGGCUUUUUGAUGCCUACAGCAAACUCAAAUAUUUUUGCAAAUCCAAAAUUUUCAAAAAACUCCCUUCCAUUCGACUGGAAAAUAACAAAGUUAUAAUCGACCAGGAUGAUCAAUUGGCGCUUUGGACGGACCACUACAUGAGGAUCUUCGAAUCCAGGAAACCGACAAGCGUACUAUCUGAUUUCCAAGCCACACCUCAAUUUCUCAACACCUCAAUAUACCUCUCAGUUCUCACUAAUCGAAAUUUCUUCUGCACUUAAAAAACUUAGGAAUUACAAAGCUCCUGGCCCAGCUGGUGAGCAUCUUAAAGCAACAUCGGAGGCAGUACCACGUUUCCUGCAAAUCAUCUUUAAUAAUAUUUGGUCCACAGGGGUGACACCGAAGGACUGGAAUCUAUCCACCCUUUGCAACUUCCCUAAAAUUUCAAAUCCCACUAAAUUUGGAGAUUACAGGGCAAUAGCACUCACCUCUACUGCUUCUAAAAUAUUUAUGAUCCUCCUCAAGUUUCACAUUUUACAAACAUCGCAAAACCUCUUCGCCAAGUAUAUCUGCGCCUAUCGCCCAGGCAAAAACAUUAUGGAGCCUUUUCUUGCUCUUAAAAUCAUCAUUCAUAAAUGUGAUAGAUAUAAACUACCUUUCUUUUUCACUUUUAUCGAUUUUAAACAGGCGUUUGAUAAUGAUAAUCAUGAUGCACUUUGGAAGAUUCUAUCAGAAGUUGGGGUUGACACAAACAUAAUCAAGAUAUUACGGCACCAUUAUAACAAUUUGCUUACCUCAUGCAGAAUAAACAAUAAAAUCUCUCCACCGUUUAGGAUAAAAAAAGGAGUGAAACAAGGCUGUGUUCUCUCGCCAAUCCUCUUCAACAUAGUUAUGAAUAAGAUUUUAAAAGAUACUUUAGACGCUGCAAACCUGUUGGAACUAAACUUAUAUCCGAAUAAGUACAAUCUAGAGAACAGGAUUAUAUCCUACGCCGAUGAUGUGGUAAUCAUCACCAAGGAUUUAGAGGAAACCUCCAAUCUUUUUCAUUUGUUGAAAUUGGUGAGCUCGAAAGUCGGGCUAGAAAUAAACUUCAAGAAAACCAUGAUUAUGUUAGCAAGACACACGUCUCCCAUAGAAAGUAUCGAUGUUGGGUCUGAGGUGAUUAAGGUGGUUACCCAAAUAAAAUAUCUAGGAAUUACCCUAGAUAAUAGAGGGGGCUGUAUAGAAGAACUCAGGAUAAGAAUACAAAAAGCUAAAGUAGCUUUUUACAAGUACUUCAAGUUAUGGAAGACAAGGGAGAUACCUGCCUUCACAUGACUACGUAUCUUUAAUUCCACUGUUAUUCCCAUUCUAUUAUAUGGCUGUGAAACAUGGGAAAUAAGCAAAGCUGAUAAUAGGAAAUGUCAAACGUUUAUCAACAAGUGUUUAAGGAUAAUUAACGGCAUUUUCUACCCCAGACUAAUAUCGAACGAAAGGUUAUGGAAACAAUCAAAACAUAUUCCUUUCCAUAUCAUACUAAAGAAAAAACGAAUUAAUUUCUUAGCGCACAUUCUGAGACACCCCAGCUGAAAUUUGGUUCAUGAUGCUUUAACUUGGCUUUUUACCUGUAAAGGUAAAUCAUAUAGCAGAUACAAAACAUUAUGGCUCCACCGGGUAUUGAAAGAUGUUGCUGGCCUGAACUUAAACUGGAAACAGUUCACCAGACUAAACAAAAAUAAAAAAUCUAUCAAAAGCUUCUUAAGGUAAAAUGUGCGUACCUGAGAUGAUAUCCCCUAUCCGUUACUUCACCCUUACCCACAACUAUACCCUUCCUCUUCAGCCACCUCAAAAAUUAUGCUACUGGGAGAUUCGGGUGUUGGAAAAACGUGUCUUCUCGUAAGAUUCAAAGAAGGAAGUUUUUUGGGGGGCAAUUUUAUGACUACAGUUGGAAUCGAUUUUCGGGCUAAAAAAAACUGUCGAUCGCAUAACCUAAUUCUAGUAAAAUACAUGAGUAAAACUAUAGAAGUGGAGAAUGAAAAGGUGAAAUUACAGAUAUGGGACACUGCCGGACAAGAACGGUAUAGAAGUAUAACUCAUGCAUAUUAUCGUGAUGCACAUGCUUUGCUACUGUUGUACGAUGUUAGCUGUAAAAGUUCAUUCGAUAACAUUCGUGCUUGGUUGAUUGAAAUCAAACAAUACGCUUCUCCAGAAGUGGUUUUACUAUUACUAGCCAAUAAGAGUGAUGUUUCCUCGUCAUUUCGAAAAGUAAAUAAAGAUGAUGGUAUUAGAAUAGCUAAGGAGAAUAACGUAUAUUUUAUGGAGGUCAGUGCUAAGACGGGAUAUAAUGUUCAAGAUGCAUUUUUAUUCGUGGCAAAAUGUUUGCUUAAUAAGAGUCGAGAUCCUACGAGCCAUAUCAAUAUGCUUCCGCAUCUUCACAAUAAAUCACGCAAAUUAUCAUCUCACACGAACGACUCUUUAACUCGCAAGAGAAAAUCGUCCUACACUAUAUAUGGGCAAAGACUGGAAAAACGCAGGUCGAAGUCCCGGCAAAAGAGGGGUCUGGGGGCGAAGUCCCCAAAAAUUUAUUAAUCUUCCUUAGGAAAAUCCUGGCUACGCCAAUAAAUUAAUUUAUAGUUCGUG